AGCAUUAAGCCGAAGUUUCUGAACGGGUGAAGUCAAGAUAUACAGUUUGGACUACUAGGAAUAAAACAUGCAAUACUCGGAUUAUUUAAUAUGUCUUUACAUCUUCUUUGGGGGGACGUGUGUGGACAGCCUAAAGAAACUACCUCAUGUGAUCAAAUAUGAAACAAUUACGCCUCAAAAACUACAUAAACUAUCUCAAACAAAUACAAAACAACAGAAAACCCCUCCAAUAGUCACAUUCUCACUGGCCAUAGAUGGGCUGAACAGGACUCUCCACUUGGAAAGAAACAUACAUCUUAUUGGGAGAAACUUCACUGUUGUACAUUAUUCUGACCAAGGCACUGCAGAAACAACCAUACCAGAUUAUAAGGACCACUGCUACUACCAUGGGCGCGUCGUGGAGGUGGAGGACUCCUCGGCCAGUAUCGACCUCUGCUCAGGAAUCAACGGGUACGUGCGUAUCGAGGACCAGUCGUACCUCAUUGAACCCCUCGCAGAGGAAGGGGAGACAGACCAGCAGGAAGGCACCGGAGAAGGGGAGGGGCUUCACGCCGUGUACAACUCAAGACACCUGAGACGGAAGAGGAGCUCCUGUGGCCAUGACAACGAGGAGACCGUCUUUGACCACGGGUCGAUCCCCUCCGGACUGUUCCGUCUCAGUAAACCGAAAAGCUCUCAGCAGAUGAAGAAAUUCCAGAUCGGCAAAACCAGAACAGUGGAAUUGGUUCUUGUGGUGGACUAUGCAGAGUACAAGAAGUACGGCAGGAAGACUGUGACAGCGAGGAUGCUUGCGGUGGUGAACCACGUGGACAAGCUGUAUCGUAGCCUGGGUACCCGCGUGAUGCUGGUGGGUCUGGAGAUCUGGACCUACGGAGACCAGAUAGAGGUCAGCCCCGAUCCAGACGUCACACUGGAACGCUUCAUGGCCUGGCGCCAGCAGACACUGUUACCGAGGACCAAGCAUGACAACGCUCAGUUCAUCACGAAGGUGGAUUUCAUCGGCAAUACCGUAGGCCUGGCGUACACCGGUGAAAUAUGUACCAGCCGUUCUGUGGCCGUCAACGAGGAUCAUACCGAUAACGCCAUCGGGGUGGCGACCACCCUUGCCCACGAGAUGGGUCACAACCUGGGCCUGUCUCAUGAUGCUCCAGGCUGCGUCUGCCGGUCCUCCCAGCCCCAGAGCGGCUGCAUCAUGGCCCCGUCACACGGGCAUUUCUAUCCAGAGGUGUUUAGCACAUGCAGCCUGGACCAGCUCGCCCAGUUCCUGGAGCAAAAGGACCCUGCUUGUCUGCUGGAGACCCCCUCUACUGACCGCAUCUUUGGAGGCCCCGUGUGUGGAAAUGCCUUUGUGGAGCCUGGAGAAGAAUGUGAUUGUGGCACUGUGACGGAAUGUAAGAAUCCAUGCUGCAAUGCCACCACAUGCAAACUCAACGCCGGGUCCAAAUGUGCAGAGGGAGAGUGCUGCAGUAAUUGCCAGCUGCAGCCGACUGGCACCAGGUGCAGAUUUCAGGCCACAGAGUGUGAUAUGGCCGAGUUCUGUACCGGCUUCUCUGCCGCCUGCCCCAAGGAUGCCUUCACCCAAAACGGCCGGCCCUGUAACCGCCGGAGUGGCUACUGCCUCAACGGACAGUGUCCCUCCCGGGAGCAACACUGCAAGAGACUUUGGGGCCCAGAUGCUCAGGAGGCAUCGGCGCGUUGCUACAGCUUUGCUCGCAAGGAUCAAAAGUGUGGGACGCUGAUGUGCUCAGGAGGCUGGAAAUUCCCCCUCACUAACUCACGGACCACUUACCCUGUUCCCAAUGGAGAGCCAUGUUACGAGGCGUCCAUAGAUCCUAAGGACAACUUCCCAGCCGAUUUAGUGAAGAUUCCUACUGGGACCAAAUGUGGAAGCAACAUGGUCUGCUACGAACAGAGUUGUCAAAACAAGAAGGACAUAGUGAGUGUUUACGGAACGGAGGACUGCUCGGAUAAGUGCAACAACCGCGGGGUGUGUAACCACGAGAGGCAGUGCCACUGUGACCCCGGUUGGGCCACGCCCUACUGUGAUGUGAAGCUCACAGAAGGGUCUCCAGGGAUGAAACCUUCUGUCGUUAUUGGUUUGUCAGUGGCCACAGUGCUGGUUCUUCUGUUCGUCGGGUUCUUCGGAGUAUUGCUGUGGCGCAAAAAGAGCAGAGGCUCCCAAAAGAGACCUCGCCACACCUCCACUGGAGAGGUCAACCCCGUGUUUCAGUCGGGACAGGGAAGCCCUCGUCCCAGGCCACCGUCGAUCGGCAAGCCCAAGUUUGUGACGUCUACGGCUUCUCAAGUCUCUCGACCGGCGACUCAGCCUCUCAGGGGGGGAUUAGUACCCAGCAGAGCCGCCCCGGAGCCUCCCAAGAAAAUGGCCUUUGUGGCUCAACCGCCUGGGGUCCAUCAGAUGGUGAAGCUUUCACCAAGGGUCCCAAGCCAGGAUAUUGAUUUAAAGAACAAACCGCCCCCACCAGCUAGACCGCUGCCACCACUUCAAAGCAAAACGGUCACAAAACCAACACCCCCAGUACCUCCCAGUAAGCCCUCUGGUUCCCCAUCCCCGUGGACACAUAAUCAACUGCCUGCCGCCAGAGCUGCUCUGAAGCCUCCCACCCAUCUGCGAUGAAUGCCGGAGUGAUUGCGUUCCUCCGUCAUGAGGAGACCUCUCUUUGUGCUUCUUACGUUUGACUCAUCCUGCGCCUUGGGUCUUGCUCAUUCCUUCUCCGGAUCUCAUCGCACCCGGUUUAUGGGAACCACUCGGCGGGAAAGAUCCUAACCUCGGCACAUUGUGGCUAUGGUGAUUUUCAAAUUCCUAAGGUGUUUGUGUGUGUUUUCUUUCAAAGGCGAUGCUCAGAAGGAAUACAGAAUCUUUAAUGUGACACCCGGUCCAACCGGACAUGAGCACGGGGGAGGAAUGAGAUUUAAUCAGCUGGAUUGGUUACUUCUAAAUAGGUCAGGGUACAACUGUGUUAUAAUUGGUUGACACAGGACUUUUGAGAAGAACAUUUCAGACCGUAAAAACUGGAUCUCGCUAAAUAGAUGAUUGGGGUUAAACAGCAAAGGCAACAUUUUAAAGAUUUUUAACAUUCGGCUAUUCUUAAGGCUGUCAAUUAUUUAUCUGUCUUGCUUUUUCUAUGACUGCAUUGCGAGUAUAUGGGAUUUCUGUAACAUACCAGAAUUGUUAUGUUAUUUUUUCUAUGAAUGUUUUUUUCUAUUUUACCCUUUUUGGUGCUUUUUGGUUAAAGAGAUACAUUUUUUGUAAGUUGACGAUGCCAUGCACUAUGACUGGAAGUAUUAGACAUUUAUUUUGAUGAAAUUUGGUAGCUUUUGUUUUACUUUUUAUAUGACAUUGGAUGCAAUAAGUUUCCAACAUUAAGAUGAAAAUAUAUGGUGAUGCUAUAAAGCCUAAUAUAAUAUGUAUGUAUUAUUUAUGUUUAAUAUGCAAUUGUACCUGGUUGACUGGGAAAGGGAAUAAAAUUGAAAAAUGU